AUGGCUCGCGCACUUUUGGGCCUUUUGCUUUCCGCCACAGCUCUCUCUGGCGUGAAUAGCUAUUUUUUGUUUGGGAUGACUAAUGUUAUUACAACCGAGCGCAUCGACCCCAUUGUCAAUCCUGGGAAGGUUUCUGGUCAUGUUCACGACAUCCUCGGUGGAAGCAACUUCCGUGUCUCAACCAACACCAGCUUCCUCCGCCAGAGCGAGUGCACUACAUCACCUAUCAAGGAGGACAAGUCGAACUACUGGGUACCUACUCUUUACUUCCAUUGGAAGAAUGGGUCGUUCUCCAGCGUUAGCGGUGGCUCCGUCAUCUGUACGCCAUACUACCUUUUUUCCAAGACUCCCGGUGCUACUACGCCCUUCCCCGACAAUUUCCGCAUGCUUUCUGGCACCCCCACUCUGCGAUCGUACAAUCCCAAUGACUUUGCCCAGCAGGCAGUGACAUUCCUCUGCCUCAAUUAUAGCGGAAAUACCACUCGUCACAACGAGCUUCCCUCCAAAGUCUGUCCUAGUGGUAUUCGUGCUCAGGUCAACUUUCCUUCCUGCUGGGACGGUGUCAACACCGACUCACCAGAUCACAAGUCCCACGUUGCCUACCUCUCCGAGGGCCCUGAUGCUGGUACAUGCUCUGACAAGCGUUUCCCCAAGACUCUGCCACGAAUUUUCAUCGAGAUGUACCUGGAUACAGGGUCUUGGGACAAAUACCGGGACCAGGCAAUGAACCCCGACCAGCCGUAUGUCUAUGCAAUGGGCGAUCCCACUGGCUACGGAUACCACGCUGACUUCCUCAAUGGCUGGGAUGCGGGCGUGCUCCAAAAUGUCGUUGACAAGUGUCACUGCAACGAUUUCGGGGACCCGACGUGCUGCGCUGAUCAAGGUCUUUUCAAGUACGUGCAGGGCGGACACUGCAGGAUCACUAAGGGCGUUGAUGAAAUCACAACUGGAACUCUGGCUUCGCUUCCAGGAAACAACCCUGUUGUUGGUGCUGGUCAGACUGUGGAGAACCUUCCGGCCCCUGUGACCCCCGCGCUUAUCUCGCCCGUUUUUGCUUAUACGGGAGAGAGCCCGGGCCCUAGCCAAACAGGGAGCCCCGUUGGGCCGGCCACCACUCACGCUCCUACCAGUGGCGGAAGCUCUGCGGGUUCGUCUUCGUCUAGCUCUGGCUCCUCUGGUGCGGUGUCGGCGCCUCCUGCCAAUGGUGGAUCGAGUUCAAAGUCCAACUCAUCGAGCGGUACUUCUGUUAGUUCAACUGCUAACGGAUCCAAGUCCCAUUCCCGCGGAGGGUCAUCGUCUCCUACGAGUUCAAAGCCCGGUCCAAGUGCUUAUGCUUCUCCUUUGGUCGGUGCAAAACUCGGAUCCAAUUGGAAGUCCCCCUCUGGCGGAGGGUCUUGGUCUCGUGCUAAGAGCUCAAAGUCCGGUUCACCCAAAGGAUCCAGCUCCACCUCUGACUGUGGUUUGUCGUCAUCCAGCGCUUUCCCCCAAGUCAAAAGUGAUACUCCCGCCAAAAGCGCUUCCGGAUCGUCCAACUCAAGCUGGAAACCACCAGCAUGCAAACCCAAACCCAAAGCUCGUCGCAGUGUUGCUGCCGGUGUUCAGGCGCAUUCCCGCCGUCGUCGUUUCACUACCCCCUAA